GCUGUUUUUGACUUUACAACGCGUCACCUGUCAACCAGCCAAUAACGGAGCUCGUAGUUCCCAACUAAGUUAGUUCUCAGAGGGGUUUAACUUGUCCUCAAAACAUUCUUUGGCGCGAUUGUAACUUGAUAUCAAGGCUGUGGAGGUUGGAAUAAAGUCGCUGUGAGGAGGGGGAUUUUUUUUUUUUAGGGGGCGGGGGGGGGUUGCCACAUCGCUGGAACACAAAGUGUGGAAAAUGCGCAUCAUGCUCCUCGUUGCGCUGCAAGUUCUCAGCGCCGUGCUGGUGACGGCUUUGCCUCCGCGAUGUGACACUGAAAUUCGAGGUCACUGCAAGCCAAUCCUGGAAGAAAAACCAAAAUGCGAGGACAUGCAGCUGUCGUAUUGCGACAACAUGGGGUACACGCAAACGCUCUUCCCCAAUACGCUGGGCCACAGCAGCCGACAGGAGGCGGAGAGCGGCGUGGAGUAUCUCCUCAUGAGCGUGCUGGAAACGCUGCUGGGCAACGAGUGCCACCAAGAGGCACGCAUGCUGGGCUGCUCCGUUCUGGCGCCACGCUGCGAGGGCGACAAGGUGCUCAAGCCGUGCCGGUGGGUCUGCGAGGCGGCGCGCAAACGCUGCGUCCACGCCUUCGAGGCCAUUGAGAUGGCCUGGCCGUACUUUCUGGACUGCGAUCGUUUUUUUGUGGCUGACGAAGAAGGAUGCUACGACCCGCUCCACGACCUCAAAACGCAAUCGGACAUUGAUGACGACUACAUGUUCCUGGACGUACCCCCGGUGGACCCGGCUUUGAAAAUCAAAUUCGCGUAUCACUCCAACGCUCAGCUCAACAGCAUUUUGAAAAGAACGGAGCAGGAAUGUUCCGACAUCGCCAGAACUUACAGUAUCGGCCGCAGCAAUGAGGGCAAGGAGCUACUGGUCAUCGAGUUCUCCGACAGCCCCGGACAACACGAGUUGCUGGAGCCGGAAAUGAAGUUUGUUGCCAACAUGCACGGAGACGAAGUGGUGGGUCGCCAGUUGCUGGUGUACCUGGCGCAGUACCUGUGCUCCGAGUAUCGUCUGGGCAACGAGCGUGUGCGCACGCUGGUCAACACCACACGUAUCCACAUCUUGCCUUCCAUGAAUCCCGACGGUUUCGAGAUGGCAUUUUCCGGCCACCAGGACAGGAACAGCGGUACCGAUGACGACGACGAUGGAAGGGGUCGCGCCUAUAGUCCAUCCAACGUGGGCCGGAACAAUGCCCAGAACAUCGACCUGAACAAAAACUUCCCCGAUUUGACCUCCAUCGUUUACAGCCACCGCCGCCACCAAAGAGGCUACCGCACGGACCACAUCCCAAUACCUGACCAUUACUGGUUUGGCAAGGUGGCGCCAGAGACGUACGCUGUGAUGAAAUGGAUCCGCUCCAUCCCGUUUGUUCUCUCCGCUAACUUCCAUGGCGGCGACUUGGUGGUGUCCUACCCGUAUGAUCGCUCCAAGCAUCCACUGGAUCUUAAUCUGGUUUCCCCCACGCCGGAUGACAAGGUAUUUAAGUUUCUGUCCAGAAGCUACGCCAGCACGCAUGAAAGCAUGUACAACGGGAACACUCGAUGUGGCUCGGCUUACUCCCACAGUCACAGAGGAACGGUGAACGGAGCGCAGUGGGCCAGCAACGCAGGAGGCAUGCAAGAUUUCAACUACCUCCACACCAACUGCUUCGAGGUGACCGUCGAGUUGGGCUGCGAGAAGUUCCCGCCCGAGGAGGAUUUGUUUAUCAGCUGGCAUGAAAACCAGGAGGCGUUUUUGUCGUUUAUAGAAGCAGUCCAUCGUGGUAUUAAAGGCAUCGUAAAAGACGUGGAGGGAAAUGGAAUUAAAGGUGCGAGGGUGUCGGUGCGAGGGAUACGCCAUGACAUCCUCACAGCUGAAAACGGAGAAUACUGGCGCCUCUUGAGUCCGGGCAUUCACAUCGUGUCGGCGUCCGCGCCCGGUUAUGCUCGAGCGGCCAAGAAAAUUCACCUUCCUCCCAUGAUGCACUCUGCCGGACGGGUGGACUUCAUCCUGGAGAAGGCGGAUCUGGAUCCCACCAAGCUGGAAGAGGAGGCGGCGGAGCACGCCGCCUACCAACGCUUCGACCCCAACAACCAGUACGAACGCUACACCCAGAUGGCGGAAGUGAGCCAAGCACGCACCGAGACAGUGGUGAAGCCCUGGUGGUGGAACUACUUUGUCCUGCCGGGGUCGCCCUCUCCCACCUGGCUGCUCUUGAGCCACUAGCUCACGUUUUCAUGCUUAAUGCUUUGCUCUUCUGUAUUGCCGGAUUACAUUUGUGCACCUUAUUUCACCAUUCACUUGUACAGUCAACUCAACCUCCAUUUAUUGCAUUUCCUUUUGAUCAGUGUUUUGUUUUGUAGUUUAACCCGGCCCACGUGCUUUAAAUGCAUGAAACCCUUUUAAAACUCAGCUAAACUUAUUAAAACACAUUUUUUUAAGUAUCCCCAGGGCCUCGCUCUCUCACUGUCAAGAAAAUUGAGUGUAGCAUUGUGAGUAUAGUACUGUUGGAAGGAAAAUGAAAAUCAUGACUCUAGCUCACACAGUUCUUUAAAAUAAUAUUCAAAACAUGCUUGCUUCAAGCUGUGUAUUAGUCACAUAAAAAAGAGAACUAGACAUUUUGUUCAACCAAACCAUAUUUCAUCUAAUGAAAGUCUGUCUUGAUGCCAAUGUAUGAAAUGAAAUGCCGCCGAAGGGAAAUAAGCAUCAAUUAUGGGUGUCAAACUGUUUUUUUUUUUUGAGUGGGGGCGUUUUGGCCUCAAAAUGUUCCCGCAUUUGAUUUAAUAAAGGAAUAGAAAUAAAACAAAUCAUGAACCGCAAUACAGCGGUCAAAGUGUA